AUGUUCCUAACUUCGGUAAAAUCAUUACAGGUCUACCUGACAAGCGUUGCUGUUACUGUAUUCAUCCUUCCCGCUCUUUUCAUCACGCUCUGCCACGUGGUCAUGGUGGUGCGCAUCUGGCAGGCUGCUGCCAACACCGAACAGGUUCUAACUGUACCUCUAAGUCACUCUUCGCCGGUGAAGAGAUUGCGACGUGCAUUUGAUCACAUCUGCCACGAACCUUCUGCUCAUCAGGCCAACAACGACAGCACUUCCAGCCCCUGCCACAUGGCUGGUUUUCGUGGCGCCACUCCCAUUAAAAUAAAAACUUCGCCAGGAUGCAUUCCUCGAGCAAGAAUCAAGACCGUAAAAAUGACGCUGGUUAUAGUAUCAGUCUACAUCAUCUGUUGGUGUCCCUAUAUGAUAUACAACUUGCUCAUAACAUAUCGUGUCAUCGGACCUCACACGCCGAGACUGAUGGCGGUUUCGCCACUCAUUCAGAGUUGCCAUCAAAAGCCAAAUUUAAUAAGCUUGUUUCAAAACAAUGCAGACAUCUCUACCACCAGUUUAUCGCGAGAAAUGCCCUCCGCACCUGGUGACUUUGAAUUCCUCCACGAAUCCGGUUGUCUUUUGGAUGUUCAGUGCCCAUACGAUAAUAACAGAACGCCGAAAAAAUCGUCGAAGGUAAGUGAAGGCUCGUCGGCACGCGCGCAAGCAAUGAUGGCAUACACAAUCAGAAAGCUGACAUCUGGAAAACUGAGUCAGCUCACAAAUAGAUUUUGCGCUGCUUUUAGUAAGGUAGUUCAGAGACAUCACCGCAGAUGGAAAUGUAACUCCAGAAACCGUGUGUGGCACGACCGCCCAGACUCAAAAGAGGAGAUGAUGAUGAUGAAGAAGAAGACGCGACAGAACGAGCGCCAUUUCAACCAGCCAAGUAAUCGUACUGCUAGUAAUAGCAAUCAAAAGGAGAGUGAGAAGACAAGUGUCAGUGUGAACGUGGAGGUCUCCCAAAUGGAUAGUAUCUUGCCGUCCCAGCAGAAUCUUUAA